AUAAAGCAGCAGCCUAGCUCUACGCGCAGUUUUCCUCUAUAGAAACAGAGCUGAUGCUAUAUGAGGAAUGGAAGAAAUCCCUCGGUACACCUGACAGAAUGAAACAGAGUUAUUAGCACCUGAAAUAAUGUCCAGGGAUGGAGUGUAACUAAAAUGACAGGCUGGAACUUUAUAUGAAUCUGUUGUCAUAUGUUGCUGAUUGAUAGAAGGUGGAACUUAGAGGAAUGGACGAAGACUCAGGAGGUUUCAGCCCUGAGGGACACUGGGAUCUUAGGGCUGUAAUAAAUGCACCUCUUACAGUCGUGGUUUUGUUAAUUUCCUUACUGGCUUUAAAAUGGAUACACAAUAGUACAGAAGACAAUGAAAAGAAGGAAGACAAACUUGGAAAUAUGAGUGAAAAAGAUGAAGAAAGGUUUAGUACAGAGGAAAGCAGAGAACAAGAGUUGCAGUUUGCUGGAUGCACAGAUAAAUCAGUGGAGAGUGUUUUGCAUUAUUCAAGGGUCUGUGAUACAAGUACCGAUGGGACUGUAAAAAGACAGAGAAUGCAUUCAGAUGAUUUACUGGAAAUUAACUGUGAUCAUUUCAAAAGUGAUACGGCAACCAGUACAAACAAAGCAAACUGCUCUUACAAGCUAGAGGACAAGGAGUAUGUGCAGCUCUUUCCCCCACAGCAGAAAGGUGUACACCCAGACUUUCAGCCUGGACAGGUCAUAGCAAGUGCAGUGCAUCAACAGGGGAAGAAAAGCAAUAAAUGUGAGCCAUCAGAAGGGACUAAUACGAAUGCAGCAGGUAAUAGUCAGUGGGUCCAUGGGGAUAGUCUGUCCCUGGACAACACGGAGCAUGAAAACAGCUGGGCCGGGCUUGACAGUGAUGACAUAAAGUCUUCAGAAAAAAGAACUGCUUAUAAAAGCCAAGACAGUAACUCCAUGAAUGUAACUUACACUUCUAUCACUUUGACUCCUCACACGUUGCCUUCUAGUGCGUUAGAUGAAAUGUGGACUGCAGAAGUACUGUCAAAAGCUAAUGAGGAACAAAUACCUACCUUGGAACCAGCGACUACAUUUCAGACCCUGACACUUCAGUGUAAUGAUGUUCAAACUUCUGCAAUUACCUUUCCUGCUAGUACACAUCUACAGAAGUAUGAACACCUGACAAAUAAUCAGUUGCCAAGUUCUGAGAUUCAAAAGGAAAUGGAUGGUAAGAAACAAGACAAAAAUGAAGAAUAUUUCUGCUUUUCCAGGUCAGAGCUACUGUUGUACCAUGAUAACAGGGAAAUGGAGUCCAUUCUAGAUGCAUUCUCUGUAAACAGGUACCAGAACAAUCUCACUGUACAUGACGAAAGGGACCAUACCUCACAGCAGCAUGACAGUAUUCUUGAUUUAGAGAGUAGUCAUACUGCUGAAAAGGUACUGUGCACAAUGGCAGAUGUCCACAGUCAGUGCUCGAACACUGACUACCAGCAUCUUACUGGUGAAUGUCUGAAAAAUGAUGAUGUAUAUUCUGCAUGUCUUAAAUUGCAUACUGUAAAUGAUAUCUCUGAGACAGACAUGUUAAAUGCAGUGCUGAAUAGUACAGCAGAAAACCAAGUAAAUAUGCAAGUCCAACUAACAACAGAGCCAGCUAGUCCUCAGCCCAAAGAAAAUGACAGGAAGGGCAAUGAUGUAAAUACAGACAAUGCCAAGGAAGUGACAUCAGGAGAAACAAUGAAUGAACAUCAGGCCAGCUUCUGUAUAUAUGGGGAUGUUUUGCUGAAUCAGAAUGAGGCAAGUAAUCUAAAAAUAACAAAAAAUUACUCUCCUACAAAAAAAGAAGCACACAUGGAAAAUGUUACUCCCACUCUCACUUCCACUGAAUGCAGAAGAUGCCUUCCAGAUGAGAUGGUGACUAUUAUGAAUAAUGAAGGCAAUACUGACAGAAUCUGUUAUACACCGUGCCUUUCAGAAAGUAGUAAAAACAAAACCAUUGAAUGUGAAGAUGGCUUAAAAGGACCAGAACCUAAAAAAGUUGUAUUGAUAACUGUAGACCAUGAAGUAGGAGGGACAUCAGAGCCAUGCAUGAAAGAUGUGGCAACAGAUGAACUUCAAGGCAUAGUGCAAGGUUUACUGGAACAUGGCAAAGAGACAGAACAUAUCACCACUGGACAUGUCCAACAGGAAUCCAAUAGCUGUAUAACUGAUAUGGUCUGCUACUCAAAGAAAAGCCAGUCUAAGAAACAUCCAGAGAGCCUUGCUCUGACUGAAAUGGUGAGACCAUCACAAGAUGAUAACAAUGUGAUAUUUCUCUCAAGUGAGGAUCCAGUGCCAUGCAAGUCCAGAAAUGACAUGCACAAUGAGAAUGGGUCAGACAGUUUAAUGACAGAAGCUGAGAUUAAGCACCUCGAGUUGGUUUCGAACUAUCAUAAUCUCAUGAGCUCCCCUUCUUCCUCUCCACUGGAUAAUUCGGACACCAGUGACUCAGGAUACUUAACAAGGAAUAUCUCCCCAAAGUGUGGGAUAGCCACAAGCUGGCCUUCCGGAGAAGAUAGCUGUGAGGAACUAGACAACACAGAGGAAGAAGAGCUCAGCACCACAUUUGAGGAAAAAACAAAACAAGGACUGGUGCAUCUGUUAGUGGAUUCAGACUCGCAUGUAGGAACUGAGACACAAGUGGCAGCAUCAGGGAAGCCAGACAAAGAAACAGCAAGCAAUGAAGUGUUGCUCAAGCAAAUGGAAGGCAACAAUGGAAGCAGAAAACUUGUGCACACUGAAAACAUUCAUGAAAUAGAGCCAGUUAAAAUAUCUGACAUACUGGAAAGGGACUCAAACAGUGAAACUAUUGCUGUUCGGUGUGAAAUAGGAAGUGACAGAGACCUUUUGAACAGCAUUACCAAACCACACCUCUUAGAACAUCCAAUUACUGAGACAAACAUCAAUACUAUCACAGAUCAGGACAGUGGGAAACCCAACAAUUUCAACAAUGAGCAAUAUGAUGCUUCACAUGAACACGUGGACAUGACACAUCACAGAGGAGAAAAGUAUACUGGUUACAUCUGUGAUAAUUCUUUAGAGUCUCCUAGGCAGCCAGAGAAAACAGGAGAUCCCUGCAAGCUUCAUGAACCUGACAAUUACUUUUUAACUGCAGAAGGAAAGGCUCAAGUACCUAAAUGCAUGACAUCUAAUAUCAUGACAGACUGUAGUACAGCAAUUUCAACCUUAAAGAUGGAGCUGCAACAGCGGAACAGUGAUCAGGAUUCUGAUGUAUUUACUGUGCAAAUGACUGAAAGUGUUUUUAGCAACUCAUUACUAUGUGGUAAGGAACCAGAAGAAAUCGGAGCAGAACCCACAGAAAAGGGUCAGCAGUCCAUGCAAUGCUGCCUGGAUGAAAAGCAGGCAUUCAGUAGCACUUCUCCUGUGACUGAGACCGGACAAGAACUAGUGACCAGCACUGGAAUCCAAACACAGCAUUCAGCAUCUCAGGACAUUGAAGACAUCAGUUAUAGAAGAUCCAGAAUGUCACUCCCACAGACUGCAUGCACUGGCCUUACCAUUCCCAAUGAAAUGGAUAUUGUCUGGAAAGAGACAAAGAAAAGUAGAUUUCUCUCAAUUCCAUGGGAAGCUGCAUACACAACAGAAGAACUUCUAUAUAAAAAAGAAUUAGAAAAGAAAACGGGCAUCCCGCCUGCAGAGGAUAAGGAGGCCAGGAAUACUGUUUCACCUGUGACAGAGAAGACAACAGGCCUUGACAUCAGCAUCACCAGUGCAACAGCCUCUGCCUGCUGCACUCCAUAUGGGUCAAUGUUGCCAGUAAUUGAGAUCACUGGUGAGAUGGAAAACAAAAUAACCCAUUAUUCUUCUAAUAUCUGUGUUCAUAACAUGCCAAGGUCUGAUUCACUUCCUGAUAAUGCCCUCUGUGAAGUUAAUCUGGGAAAUGAACUGCCUUCCAAGGAGGUUUUAAAAGACUGUGCAUUCCCAUCUGAUGUCAAAUCUAGAGUCGCUGCACUUAGCAUAAAUCUGUCUGGUGAAGGGGAGCACAUGGAUAGUGGUUCAACCAUGUCUAAUGAAGCUGAUACAUUGGACAGACAUCAACAAACAAUAAAAUCCACAGGCAAGACUCUGCUAAGAAGGGGAAGCAUAUCUGCCAUUGCAGACAAUUCUGACUUUAUCAUGUGGGAAGAACAUAGCCCUGUCAGUCCUAGGCAGUCAUCAUCUUUGUGGAAAAGUUGCGACAGCCUACAGUGUCCUUCAUCCACAGAAAAGGCAACAUCCCACACCAGAGCAAGAAGUGCUCUCUGUUUGCUGAUGGAUUCUUACUUAGAGCAGGAUGGUAAAGAAGGUCUAGUAGAAAUCAUUGCAAGGGGAAGUUUUAUCCAAGUUCCUGAGAACAUCCAAGCAACAGUGGAUGCCAUGAUGCUACAGUUAAACCUGGGCAACUGUAUGGAGCUCUUAGCUUAUGCCAAAAAGCAUAAAGUUGAUGAUCUCAAGAAGGCAGCAUACAGAGUCAUGAGUGUCAACUACCUUCAGGCCCUGAAAAAUUCUUCCAUUUAUAGCCAGCUUAAUGCUUAUGAACGAGAUGUAAUUCUCCAAAUGAGGAGCAGAGGGAAGAAAUUUCUUGGCGUAGCAGAUGUGGAAAAUAUCUAUGGACUGAAGAGAGCAAACUGGAGCUCAAGCAGCCCAGACCUAAGUGUCCACUCACUGCAGCCUUUUGUAAACAAUACCUCUGAUGAGAAAGCUUACCUUCAUAUUUACUAUCAUCAUGAGGACAGAUGGCAUCCCCUAACUAAGAUCCCUGAGGAGGCCAACCUCAAAGGUUGUGGCAUUUGUUCCAUGCACAACUACUUGUUCCUAGCUGGAGGCAUUGAAGGUUCUGGCCCAAAUGCUAGGUGUUCCAAUAAGGUAUUCUGCUACAAUCCUCUUACUAACAUCUGGAGUAAAGUCCAAUCAAUGAUACAGGCGAGAUCCCAGUUCAAGCUGGUCCCAGUAGAUGGACUUCUAUAUGCUAUAGGUGGGGAGUGUCUUUACACCAUGGAGAGAUAUGAUCCAAGGGCAGAUAGAUGGACCUUCAGGGCUUCCCUACCUAAAGGCACCUUUGCUGUGGCCCAUGAAGCCACAUGCUGUAAUGGAGAAAUUUAUGUUUCAGGAGGUAAUCUCUUCUAUCGUCUCUUAAAAUAUUCACCAUGUACUGACUCCUGGGAUGAGUGCCCCUACAGCUCCAGUCGGAAGCGCUCAAGUGAUAUGGUGGCUGUACGCAACUUCAUCUACCGUUUUGAUGUUCACAGGGAUACAGGAAUCAGUGUUUCUCAGUAUAAUGCUUUGGCCAAAAGCUGGCAAGAGUGCACUACCCUCUGCCUAAAAAAUCUAUGUCCUUUCCGUUGUGCCCUACUGGAUAAUGCUAUCUACUGUGUGAACAAGCAGAUGACAGUGAGGUUUGCAGCUGAUGAGCAGUCACCCCAUUUUGAACCAGGCAACCUCCAGAAUUUCUCCAGAGCAAGUGGGACCCUCUUUCCUUUCUGCUUGAUAUUGCCAGAACGAACCUCCUCUCAGACGGCUGUAUAAGAAAGCAAACAUAAUAUCAGUGGAAUAUGGUACGCAGAUGGGAAAUGCAUUCUGUUUGGGGUGCAAAAAUCUGUCUUGCGCUUUGUGUAGAUGAGUGAAGUUACGCUUUUUGCAGCGACUAUUUGAUUCCUUCAACUAAUUCUGUGUGACUCUGACCAAAUCACUUAACCAGACAGUACUCCUGGGUUGCUCCUGUCUAGUGGGCUGUCGCAGGCUGUUUGCAAAUGUGUUACAUAUUAAUCUUUUGAAUUCCUGCACCCUUCACAUUGCCACUGAUUAUUUUUUUAACAUAAACUAUUUGACUAUGACUCCCAGCAGGCCUGUUGUAGUUUAACUUGUUUCUAGAUGUGCUUUCAAUACAUGUGAGUUUUAAGGGAAGGGAAGCUUACUUUUUUGCUUAUCCAACGUCUGUUUUCAAUGUGAGAGUGUUUAAUUUUGUUUAGCAAAUAGCUGUCAGCAUUUUUGCUGUAAAAUUUGAAAUAUGUUUUAAAUUAAAUCCAAAUCUCUGAUCAGUGCAAAACAGGUACAACUUUAUGUUCUUGAAUUUGUGUUAUGAGACUUUUUUUUCUCUUUUUGCUGAGAAACAGAUGACUUUGUGCCAUUCUCCCACAUGUUCACAGUUUUCUCCCUUAGGCUGUAUGGGUUGUUUCCCACUUAGGAAAAAACAUCUGGCCAACUUCAUAAAGCUCUGUCUUCCCCCAGUUCCUUCACUCUGACUGCUGACUGGCUAAUCCCAAGGAGAGAAAUCAGCAGUCAGAGUGAAGCUUUCUUUAGUACUUACUUGCCAUCUUAACAGAUGUGACUAUGCUACAAGGAUGCUCGUGGUAGUUUUGUAGCUAAAUAACCAACUAAGAUUGGAAAAGUUCCAUGUUGCAGUUGCUGCUGUUGUGGUUUUAUUGAGCAGAAUCCAAUCUUUGUGCAUCCCUUGACCAAUAAGUUAUAUACUUUCAAAUGCUUUGCAACUUGUAACACCAAUUGUGUGAUAUAUCUUGCUACGUGUAAAGUGUGUACCAGCUUCUAUGUAGGGAAGUCUGUACGAAGGCUAAAAGACAGAAUUAUUGAACAUAAUUCUGAGAUUAGGAAAGAUGUAAUAAUGAACUCCCUAGCCAAACAUGUUCAAGAGGCUGGUUCAUCACAGGUAUUUAUCUUUAGGGUUAUAGAUAUUAUUAACAGAACUGUUAGGAGAGGUGAUAUAAAUAACAGAGUUGAGGUUAAGUAGUAUAAGUGGAUUUUGCAACUCCAAGUAAAUUAUCCACCAGAUAUCAACCAAACUGCUACAUUAAAACCUGUACUUAGGUUUAAACAAGUAAGUUUGAAGUAAUUUGUGCUGUAUCUUUAAAUGCUGAUUAUGGCUUUUAUUGUGAUGCUGUUUUAAUUGAUUGAUUGCAAACAGAAUUUUAUUGGCUGUGUUUGGAAGGGUAUGUGUUACCCAAAACUUUGCACAUUAAAGUGUUUAUCGGUA